AUGGAGUUCCCUGUGGACGGCCUGGCCAGCGUGACCCAAGAGGUCCUGGAGAGAUCAGCCCAGGACUACAUGAACAGCAUCCUCCACAGCAAUCCAGACUCACCUGCACAUCUCACCCUCGCCAACAACACACAGGUGCCCAUUGGGCUUUCCAAUGUGGGUUUCGUCCCUCUGUAUGGAGCCAACCUGAGACAGAAAGUCCUCGCCCUGUUCUCCCCACAGGACCAGUUUACAGCGGUGGGGCUGUACUUGUUGGAUCGAUGGUGGUCACUGGAGGACAUCCUAAAAACAGCAGACCCUGCCAGAGAUGGAUGUGUGGAGGUGGAGACUCUAGGGGAGAGGAUAGUCCUGUACAUUUUGAAUCGUGUGGUGUACAGAGCCAUGGAAAUGAGUUCAGACGAACUACCUUUCCUCUGCCACGGGGAGAGCGACAACGCCAAGAUCCUCUGGAAAGACGGACAGGCAGUCGGCUUCUACUCAGUCAAACCUUCAGGCAGCUUGUGCAGUACCUUCUUAACCCAGUGCUAUCAGCUUCCUAUCAUGGACUCCAUAUUCGUCAGGAAGUGUCACCGUGACAACGGCCUGGGCCUUCAAAUGCUGGAGAACUUUGUUGAAUGUUUCAAAGAGGACUGCCUUGGGUUGAGAUACCCCCUUUCAAAAGUUAUGUACAAAGUGUGUGGGAAGUACCUGAGCCUGUACCCGGCCGACAGAGACCUGCUGUGGGAGGUGGAGAGUGUUGGAAGACCCAGCCAGAGGACUAACAUAGCCAACAAGAUCCAGGCUAUGGGUCUGAGCUCCUUAUCCAAGUACCUCUCCUUUACGGAGCACUCUGUGGCGAACCGUGUGGGGGCUGACAAUGAGCGGGUAAUGGAGAAAGUGACAUCACGCAUACAGGAAGCCAUGGAGUGCACUGUUGAAAUUGUGGAGGACGUUACACUGGUCAAAGUGACAAAAGAGAAGGAAGAAACGCCGGUUACAACCAGAGGCAGGAGCAGUGGCCAGAAAUUCAAGAAUAUCUCGGAUGAAAGCAAAUCAGAGGAAAUCAAAUCAGAGAAAGUCAUCAGGAUUGAGGAUAUUGAAGCAGAGGUGGAUACCCCAAAAGAGAAUUCAGUUUCAGGGCAUCAGCAAGAGAAUGAAAAAGUUGUUGCUGUAGCUGAAUGCGACGAAGAGGAGUUAGCUGAGGAUGUCGUUGACACAGCCACAGAGGACACAGCAAUUGAGCUUGAUAAUGUGUCCUUGGAGAUUGAGGAGGAGGAGGAGACGGAGGAGGUUCCAAAGAAGGUGGCAGGAACCAAUGAAGACAAAGAAGAGAACAAAGAAGAAACAGCCGAAGAAUCCUCGAAGGAGGGGAAAAAAAGAAGAGGCAGACCAAGAUCCACUCGUCUCACCAAACAUGUUGAGGCUGAGGAGGAGAGAGUGGAAGAGGAGCAGCCAGUAGUUGAGGAACCUGCUGAGGAAGAGGAGAAUAUCUCACCAGCAGAGGAGGAAGAGGCAGCUCCAGUGGUAGAAACAAGAGUCUUGAGGAGAGGAAGAAAAAGCGUUCCACCUACCCUAACACCAAAACGCAAGUCCACAAGAAGAGGCAAACUGCCUGAGGAAGAGAAGGCGGAAGAGCCAGAGGAGAAAGAGGCAGCUGAGGAAGAAGAGGCACCAGUAGUGGAAGCACUAACUGAGGAAGAGGAAAAAUUGGAGGAAGAGAAGAAAGAGGUGGAAGCAGAAGAAGAAGAAGAAAUGGUAGAAAAACUAGCAGAGGUAGUUGAAGAGGGAGAAAAUGUGGAGGGGGAGCAAACAGCAGUGGAUAAUGUAACAGAUGAACCAGUAGAAAAAACAGUUGAGGAAGAAGAGAAGACCACACCACCUGAGGAGGAAGAGGAGGCUCCAGUUGUAGAAACAAGAGUCCUGAGAAGAGGAAGAAAAAGUGUUCUUGUUACUACACCAAAAUGCAAGGCCACACGAAAAGGCAAACAACCUGUGAAAGUGGAGGCGCCAGAUGAAGAGUCAGCUGAGGAAGAAGAGCCACCAGUAGUAGAAGCCAGAGUUUUGAAGAAAGGAAAAAAAUGUACCCCUGCCAAACCCAGAUGCAAAUCCAAACGACGCCACAAACAACCCGAGGAAGAGGUAGAGGAGGUGGCUGAACCUGUGUUGGAUUCUGUGGAUAAAAGGGUAGAGAGAGAAAAAGAAGUAGAGGAAACAGCAGCAAUAGAGAAGGGAGAAAAAGUGGAGCAAGAAAAACCAGUGGAGAAGGAAAUGGCAGAGGAGGAGGUAGCUGUAAUAGUGGAAGAAGAAAUGGUGGAGGAAGAAGAGGAAACUGAAACUGCACCAGUGGGAGAGGAGAUUGUUGCAGAAGAAAAGGUGGAGGAGGAAGCAACAACUGAGGAAGAGGAAAAGGUGGAGGAAGAGAAGGAGAAAACUGAAGCUGAACCUGAAUCAGCGGAAGAGGAGAGUGCUGCAGAAGAAAAGGUGAAGGAGGUAGCAACAACUGAGGAAGAGGAAAAUAUGGAGGAAGAGAGGGAAGCAGAGAUAGUGGAGGAAGAACAAAUAGAGGAAGCUGAAGCUACAGUUUCAGCUGAAACUCUUACUGUGGAAGAAAAGGUGGAGGAGGAAGAAAAAACCAUAGAGGAGGAAAAGGUGGAGGAAGCAACAACUGAGGAAGAGGUAAAAGUGGACGAAGAGAAGAAAGAGGAAACAGUUAUAGAAAAACUAGCAGAGGAAGUUGCUAUGGUAGAAGAGGCAGAAAACGUGGAGGAGAAAGAAGAGGCAAGAGUAGUGGAAUUUGUUGCAAAUGAAGUGGUAGAAAAUCCAGUUGAAGAAAAGAACACCUCACCAUCUGAGGAAGAGAAGACCUCACCACCUGAAGAAGAUGCUCCAGUUGUAGAAACAAGCGUCCUUGGGAGAGGAAUAAAAAGGGUUCCUGCUGCUCUGACUCUGAAACGUAGGUCCACAAGAAAAGAUAAACAGCCUGAGAAAGAGAAGGUGGUGGAGCCAGAAGAGGAAGAGGAAGCUGAGGAAGAGAAGACCCCAUUAGAGGAAGCCAGAAUCCUGAGGGUAGGAAGAAAAUCAGCCCCUGCUACUGCCACACCCAGACGCAAAUUCACACGUGCCCGCAAAGAACCUGAGGAAGAGGUGGUGGAGGUGGCUGAACCUGUGGCAGAAGAAGAAAAAGCUGUGGAGGAGGAAAAAGGAGCGGACGAAAAGGAAAAGGAAGCUGAAACUGAGCCAGGGGAAGAGGAGAGUGCUGCAGAAGAAAAGGUGGAAGCAGAAAAAGCAGAGGAAGAGGAAGGAACAAAUCAGGAAGAGGAAAAUGUGGAGGAAGAGAAGAAAGCGCAAAUAGUGGAGGAAAAGGAGAAAGAGGAAGCUGCUGCUGAAGCUACAACUGUGGAAGAAGAGACUGUUGCAGAGGAAAGGGUGGAGUAUGAAGCAGCUAUACUAGAGGAAGAAGAUAUUGUGGAGGAAGAGAAGGAGUCAGCAGAUGAAGAAAAUAUUGAGGAAGCUACAGCUGUGAAAGAAAGAGUGGAGGAGGAAGCAAAACUUACAGAGGAAGAAAAUGUGGAAGAAGCAAUAACUGAGGAAGAGGAAAAAGUGGAGGAAGAGAAGAAAGAGGCAGAAAAAGAAUCGGGAGAAAAACUAGCAGAGGUAAUUGAAGAGGCAGAAAAAAUGGAGAGGGAGGCAACAGCAGUGGAGAAUGUAGCAGGUGAAGCAGUAGAAAAGCUAAUUGAGGAAGAAGAGAGAACCACAGCACCUCAGGAGGAAGAGGAGACCCCAGUUGUAGAAACAAGAGUCCUGAGAAGAGGAAGAAAAAGUGUUCCAGUUACUCCACCAAAACGCCAGUCCACACGAAAACAACAACAACCCGAGGAAAAUGAGAAAAUGGAGGCACCAGAUGAGGAAGAGGCAGCUGAGGAAGAAGAGGCAACAGUAGUGGAAGCCAGAGUUUUGAGGAAAGGAAGAAAAUCGGCCCCUGCCAAACCCAGAUGCAUAUCCAAACAAGGCAGCAAACAACCUGAGGAAGAGGUGGAGGAGGAAAAGGUAGAGGAGGUUGCUGAACCUAUGCUGGAUUAUGUAAAGAAAAGGGAGGAUAGAGAAAAAGCAGUGGAGGAAACAGCAGCAAUAGAGGAGGAAGAAAAAGUGGAGCAAGAAAAACCAGUGGAGAAGGAAAUGGCAGAGGAAGCAACUGAAAUAAUGGAAGACGAAAUGGUGGAUGAAGAGGAAGAGGAAACUGAAUUUGCAGCUGAACCUGAAUCAGUGAAAGAGGAUAGUGUUGCAGAAGAAAGGGGGAGGAGGUAG